AGAAAUAUUAGUCUUUUUUCAUAUGGCAAUAUCGCUAAAGUGAGCCAUCGCCCUGUUAACUGUGUCAUGGCGGUUUGACUUGUUAUAAGUUUUUUUUGCAAUAACUCUAUAGUUAAUGUGCUUUUUAGCGAUUUGAUCUUUGAUUUCAACAAAUAAAAUCACGUGAUACAAAAUAGUUAAUAAUGCGCGAAUACAAAAUAGUUGUGUUAGGUAGCGGAGGCGUGGGAAAGUCUGCCCUCACAGUACAGUUUGUACAAGGCAUCUUUGUGGAGAAAUACGACCCCACCAUCGAAGACAGCUAUCGGAAACAGGUGGAAGUGGACGGUCAACAAUGCAUGCUCGAGAUUCUAGACACGGCUGGAACUGAACAAUUUACCGCGAUGAGAGAUUUGUACAUGAAAAAUGGGCAAGGUUUCGUAUUAGUGUAUUCGAUCACCGCACAAUCGACGUUCAACGAUCUGCAAGACCUCCGAGAACAAAUCCUGCGGGUGAAAGACAAAGACGACGUGCCGAUGGUACUGGUGGGCAAUAAAUAUGACUUGGAACCUGAGCGCGUGGUGGGCAAGGAGCAGGGGGCGAACCUCGCGCGUCACUUCAACUGCGCCUUCAUGGAGACUUCCGCGAAGGCGAAAAUCAACGUGAACGACGUAUUUUAUGACCUAGUACGACAGAUCAACAAGAAGUCACCUGGCACGCAAGAAGGCAAAACGAGGAAGAACAAGGUGUGUCGCCUUCUGUAAGUGUUGUGGGUCUUCGACGCGUCUAGAUAUGAAAUAUUAAAUAAUUUGAAAGACUUCUCGUACCCGGAUUUGGCUCUUGACAGUUCCCAAAGUUAACUAGGUCGGGUGUUGAGCAUUGUUGCUUGGCGAAUAUCUGUAGCAUUUUGGAUAUGUGCAUUUGUUGAUAUGUAUCAUGUUCUGGUGGUGUAGCACGGGUGGGGAAUGCACAGAGUAUCGUGUCAGGUCUGUAUUCACACUCACAUCUGAGCACUGCCCUUGUGAACAUGUAAUUACACAUUUUGGUCUAUAUAUAUAUAUAUAUAUAGUUGUGAGAUAUUUGAGGAUAGAUUCAACGAUUCUCUGUGUGUUUCGCUCUAGAAAUUCCAUUGUACUGUGUGAAUGCUGUUAGGUUCAGAAGUUGUGUAUAUGAUCACGAAUUUGAUUCACUCAAAUAUUUAAACAUCGAUUCACUAUUGUCCAUGACUAAUACAUUCCACUGUAAAUCAUACUCAUCAUGUAAAUUGUCUAGUGUUCAUGAUUAUAUUAAACAUUCUUGCAAUAAUGUCAUUAUUUAAUUUUUCUAUGUAUUUGUUGUGGACUUUCAAUCUCAUUUAGUAGUGAGGGAUGUUGUUAAGUAACAUAUUAUUAAAAUCUAACCAGUGCUUUAUUCAGACAGCAAUUUAUUAAUAUUAUUAGUCAACAGGAAAAGUGAGAAUUUGCUGUGACAUUAUCUAUCAAGGACAAAUUUGAACACAAAAUACACUAUUUAAACUUCAAUUAUUGAAUGUUUAAUUCAUUGUAUCUGAAAGAAUGUAAAAAUAAUUACCCUGUCUGAGUACAGCACAAACUAACAAUAAACUUUUGUCAAAUGAUUGCUAUAAACAGUGGAACUGCCAUUGACUUCUGAACAUUUAGAUUGAGAUGUAACCAGGCUCCGACGAGUCCUGGAUAGUGCCAGCAGGCCUGAACCAGUGUGUAAGUAAUGUUUAAUAAUUAAGAAUACAUUAAAUUUUUUCAGAUAUAUUAUUGUCUUGUUAUAUAAUUCAAAUGUAUCGAAGGAAAGUUGAUGCAACAAUGUUUAAGAAUUGGUAAUCUUUGAACAAAUAUUAGUGAGCCUUAGGUGAAUGCACCCUGCUGACCGUAGUGUCUCCAGUGUCUACCCAGUGGUGUCCCCGUGCCCCGAGCUGUCACCCUGACACCACUUGUAAUGGACUAUUAAAAACCCCUAAUUAAAAAUUUUAUCGUUAUUGUAAAUGGAGUAAAGUUUUAUGAUUACUGGCUCAUUGAAAUAAUAAUUACCAACCUAUGUUUGCUGCUAAGAACUUUGUUAAAAUAAUACUUAUAUAGGUGUUCAAAUAUUGUUAUGGGAUCACAUGUUUCAGCCAUUCUCAUUUUGUUAACAUGUAAGAUUUACUGCACAAGGAUAUUGGUAAUGACUUUGAUCUGAGUUGAAUUAUAUUUUUUAUAUAUAUUGUGCAAAUUAUAAACUUGUAUAUUUUUAUCUUUUCACUCAAUAAUCGACAUGUACAAUAAUUAUUAGUUUCUUUUUUUUGCCAAUAAAACCAAUUUUAAAUAUUA